UGAGCAUCCCAAUGGAACUCUGACGUGUCGAUAUGAAGAUUGCUUUCAUUCCCUAGCUUCUUGUUGGCAAAUCUUUUUUUAACCGACUCUUUAGGUUAAUCUAAACAGUCUCCUAUUAAUUUUUGAUUAAUUGUUCUGGUCACUUGACCAACUUUUGUCAUUUAUUAAGGAAUUGAUUAAUUAAUCUGUUUUGUUGUUGGUCAUUCAAAGUUGCCACCAUUAAGUACAUUUGUUUCGCCAUCAUAUCAGAAACAACAUCAGCCUAUUCCUGUAGUGGGCAUUAUAAACAUCCUUCUUCUUCACCUGUUCACUACCACUAGAAAGAAAAGAUGUCUUCAAAUAAAUUAAUUACUGUUAUAUUUUUAAUUUGUCUAUCAGCCUAUGUGUCCUGUGCUCGUAAGAAAUCAGAGAAUACCCUUUCUCUUGGUGAACGUGUUGGACAAUUAACUGAGUUGUCCCUUCGUAAACCUGUAAUACGUCUAAAUGGUGACAAAUUUAGACAAUACAUUGGAGCCAAAAGUUUACCCCGUAAUUACUCAUUUGUUGUAAUGCUGACUGCCUUGUCACCCCACCGUCAAUGUACUGUUUGCCGACUAGCUAUGGAAGAAUAUAGUAUUGUCGCUAAUUCAUGGAGAUAUUCACCAUUAUUUUCAAAUAAAUUAUUCUUUGGAAUGGUUGAUUUCGAUGAAGGAUCGGAUGUUUUCCAACUAUUGGGCAUUGGAUCAGCACCAGUUUUCCUCUAUUUCUCAGAGAAGGGUAAACUCAAGUCCCCAGAAGUUAUGGAGAUUGAAAGAAAAGGUUAUGCUGCCGAAACCAUAGGAAAAUGGGUCUCUGAGCUAUCACAAUUACCAAUUAGAGUUAUUAGACCACCUAAUUAUUCAACUACAUUGGCGAUCAUGGCUCUUAUGAUGAUUGUUGCUUCCUUAUUGUACAUUAAACGAAACAAUCUUGAUUUCUUGUAUAAUAGAAAUUCUUGGGCAAUGAUUUCAUUGUUCAUUGUUUUUGUUAUGACAUCUGGUCAGAUGUGGAAUCAUAUCAGAGGUCCACCUUUGAUGACUCGUAACCGCCAGGGAACAGGAAUGACUUAUAUUCACAAUAGCUCCGGUGCACAAUUUGUAAUCGAAACUUAUAUUAUAAUAUUACUGAAUGUAGCAAUAUGUGCUGGCAUGAUUUUACUCACAGAAGCAAUGAAAGGAAAGGCUGAUCACAGAAAGAGAAAGAUUUCUGCCAUGAUUGGUCUUGGAUCUACUCUAAUCUUUUUCAGUCUACUUCUAUCCAUUUUCCGAAGCAAAGCUCAUGGAUAUCCAUAUAGUUUCUUAUUCAAAUAAAUUUAGAGUCAAAGAAUGGUCAUUUUACAUCGAAAUUAUUAUAAAUAAAUUAUAUAUUGCGGUUUUUCUCAAAAAA